AUGCUUCUGAAGUCUUGUUCUGAAUGGGACAUUGACGUUGAUAAAGUUUCGGCUGUAGUAACGGAUAACGCAGCAUCUAUGAUUAAGGCGGUCGAUCUGGCCUUUGGUAAAAAACACAUACCGUGUUUUGCGCACACUUUAAAUUUAGUUGCGUUAAAUGCGAUACAACACUGUCCAGAAUUACAAAAUCUAAUAACUAAGGUCAAGACUAUUGUAACAUGGUUCAAACAAAGUAAUACAGCAAGCAAUGAAUUAAGAAAAGCCACAGAAAAAGAGUUUCAACAAGAUGGAACAGCACUUAUUAUAUGA